GCCAACUUAAAAUUAUAAUUAUUCAUUUCAGAUUUAUAAGAGCAAUAUGUUAUUCAAAUGUACGAGUUUUUUACUUUUUUUUCAAUAUAUUAUCAUAGCUCAAGCUGCAGAUACACGAUGUGGAGACUUGAAAAAGUGCACUUGUUCGAACUUUAUUAUGGAUUGUCGAGGUCAGGAGUUAGUCAAGUUUCCGGGUGGUAUCAGGAAUGAUACACAAGCAAUUUAUCUCAAUGAUAAUAAAAUAAAAGAAAUUGGUCAGUUGCCAGAAGAGUCCAAUCUAGCAACAUUGGUUCUUACCAACAACAUGAUAACAAAGUUAUCAUAUGAUGCAUUCGAUAAUCUUGACAAUCUGAAGACAUUGAUUUUGACCAAUAACUCAAUAUCAACUAUUGCUGAUGAUAUUUUUGAGUGGAAUCCAUUGAAGUUAGAGGUUUUGCAUCUUGAUGGCAACAAGAUGGAAUUUAUUCAACACUUUCUUUUCUACGAUCUCGAGCAACUUUCUGAACUCCAUCUACAAAACAAUAUAAUCACAUUUAUUCAUCCACAUGCGUUCCUUCAGCUGAAAAAUUUAAGAAAUCUUCGACUGGAUGGGAAUAAACUACACACGUUCAAUCAUAAAUGGGUUGAAAAAUUACAAGCAAAUGCUUUCACGGAACUUCGAUUUGACAAUAAUCCCUGGUCCUGCGAUUGCGCAAUGAAUGUUUCACAUGAUUGGUUGCAAAAACAAAAGAAGGCAAAAUGGUUUAUCGAUCUCACCACUGAACACCCGAUCACUUGCCAAUUACCAAGUCCUUAUAACAUGAAACAGCUUGUAAGCCUGGAUCAUGCGGAAUUAAAUAAGACUUGUGAUAUGCCUGUAAUCACUGGUAUAUCAUCACCAGCAAAAAUUGAAGAAGGCCGAGAUGUUUUACUUCGCUGUGUUGUCGAUCCUAACAAGUUUCCGGUACCUACCAUUUCUUGGACAGCACCUAAUAAAGAUGUUUACAGACUUAAUACAGCUGGUAAUUUCGAUGGAAUCACAGUACAUCAAAAUGGUUCACUACUCAUAUCUCACUUGAAUUCAAGUGAUACCGGUGACUACUCUUGCACAGCAUCCAACUUGAAAGGGACCUUCGUAGCUAAUACAAGGAUAGAUGUGUUAAAAAGAAAACCUGGACCACCUGGACCAACAACCAAAGGACCAAUCUUUACAAAACCUACAAUACAACCCGAUGAUCAUGAGACAGCAAGAGUCAGUAAAGAAUGUCCCCAUGGUUGUCAGUGUAUAUCGAGACAUAUAGAUUGUGCUGGUGAUGGCAACGCGGUUAAGAUGACUGAAAUUCCUGCUGAUAUGCCUGCUGAUGCAAUUACUAUUAGUUUUGCUACUAAUGGUCUAACCAGCCUUGGUGCUAAUGCCUUUGCAAAAUUCGUAAACUUGGAAGAGUUAAGAAUGGACAACAACCAGAUAUCACAUAUUCAUCCUGAUGCUUUUAAAGGAUUGGCAGCUUUAACAACAUUAACAUUACAAGAAAACAGACUGACUUCUAUCGAACCAAAGACAUUUGCACCUUUGGUGAACCUAAAGGUUCUCGUUCUGGAUAAAAAUAAACUUCUGAGAAUUGAUGAUGAUAUGUUUAAGGAUUUGGCAGAUUUGCAAUGGCUCUAUAUUCGACACAAUACAAUUAAAACAAUAAGUGAUGAUGCAUUUGCUCCACUCAAGGGAAUCAAAUUUAUUCAUCUAGAGUCAAAUCAGAUUGGUGUGAUGUACCCCAACACAGUCAAGACUCUGACGGAACGGGAAAAUCCCACAAUUAAGAAAAUAUUUUUGGAAGAUAAUGCCUUUAAUUGUGAUGACAACAUGGAGGAAAUGAGGAAUUAUGUUAAGGAUAAAAAAGUCCGGAAACAUUUUCCUGAUCUUUUUGCGGAUGGUAUAAAAUGUUCAUAUCCUCCAGAGCUGGCUGACAGAUUUCUUGUUGACAUCAAACAACCUCUUGAAGCUCAGGUCACAGAUGUUAUAGAAAAAACUGUUCCAGUAGAAACUUCGAAUUAUUCAGGACUGUUGUUUGGUGGGAUUGCUGUUGGAAUUCUUUUGACAAUUGUGCUUUUCUUUUUAUGGAAAAGAUAUGGACGACGUGCAAGGCAUUGUUAUGCUCUGUUUCGUAGAACUGCUGGACGCUCGUACAACUACAGCAAUUUGAAUGGCACGGAUGACGCAGAACGAAAAGGAUUGACUACAGACAACAUGGGUAGUAGCGGCACUGAGGCCUUUGUCUGAAACAACCACAUCUUUUUGUACCUGCAUUCUCCACUUGCCAUUGGAAAACCCUUCAGCCUUUGCUAAUGCUUAUUACUACUGGAUGUUAUCUCCUGAUUUCCCAAAACAUCACAAGUUUGUAUUUUGUGAUUUCCUGUUGUAAGAUAGAAUUGAGUGAGAAUGUCAGAAUAUUUCUGUUAUAUCAAUGCUGUAUUUGCACUAUAUCUGUAAUUAUGAAAUGUGAGAGACAAUACAUUUUCUUCUUUGUAUUUGUUACUUUAUCGCUUUUAUGAAUGUGUGAUUGAAUUCUAGUAAUUCCUGUAUAUUUUAAUGACUAUCAGUAUUUUAAGCUUUUGUGUGUCACUCAGAAUUUAAAGAAAAUCAAAUAAAUAUGUUGCAGUUUGUUAUCAUACAACAUGCCCAGAUAUAUAAGAUGAUAUUCGAUGACAAAGCCCCUGUGUCAAUAAUGGUGUGCCGUUUUUAUCACGGUUAUUACCUGAAUGACACAUAGUGUUUGCUUUUUUAUCUUUCUGUUGCUGCUGUUGUUUUGUACCAAUGAAUGGAAGAAUUUCUUCGAUAAAAGUAAAAAAAUAUUCAUAUAUGUGAUGACCAGAAUUGAAUAAUGGGCAAAUUUGUCAAUUCAAUUUAAUUUUGAAGUUAUAAAAAAUGUCUUUUGUUUCCUUUUUGUGUAAUUUUAUUUUUCGUUUUGUCAACUCCCACCGAUUUCAUUAUAAACACAAACCUGAAACUUUACACACAGUUUUCAACUUUCUGAAUGAAUACUUGAAUUUGAUCUACCGGUAUGUAAAAAAUGGCACCAAUGUUCUAUGUGAUAAAUGGGUGUUGGAAGGACUCUAGAGACAUAAACAGUUUGGUAUAAUUCAAGUUGUAACUGCCCGUGGCUGAAAAAAAAUGUCAUUAUUUUAUAGAGGGAAUUUGGGUUAUCUUGAAAAAUUGUUGUCGUUUCACAUAUCUUAGUUUAUGGUGUUAUGAUUGUGGCUUAUUUAAGAUUAAUAUUUGAAUUUGAGUUAAGCUGCUCAACUCCUCGAUUAUUGGACAGAAUGUGACUUCAAAAAUGUGCACUUUCAUGCUCAAGUCAAUCCUUGUAACUAGAAUUCAUUAUCUGUUUAAAAAUCUUAUUAUAUCUCGAGUCCCAUUUACAGCAGCACAUUAUAUUCAACAGUAUUAAACACCUGUAUAGUAGCAUCUCAUCUUUCUGAUCUGUUAAAGGUACUAAUUAAAUACAAAUGGUUCUACGUUGAUCAAUAAUUAUGCAUUCACAUUUUCUUUAUUCAUGGGCCAAAUUUACUUAUUCUUGAAACAGUGCCUUGUAUUUUAUUAUUUGUCUUCCCCAUUCAUUAUAUGGUUCUGGUUACGGAAUAUGCAAAUUCUGAAACUCUGCCUUCAUGAUCACCAUACUUGAUUGUUUCCAGUUCUUGCUGGUUUAUGCCUUUAGUUGAUGAUUAUAUAGGAUAAUAUAUAUCUUAACCAAUAAAGUUUCUGAUUAAGAAUUAAAUUUUAAUGAGAAAAGAUUUUCAUUUCUUUAAAGACAAAUUCCAUUAGGUUCU